CGUACUGUACGUUGUACAUGUUGGCUUCACAUGGAAUGGAUGGAGUAGGAAAUGAUAUAUCCAAUCCAAAUCCAAGAUAUUGUCACUGCACCAUCAGGAACAGCAUACACUCCACUAUGGCUGCCACACCGGAGGAGUUGUUGGGCCUCGCCGAGCCUGCACCAUUGUCCCCCUCCCUCUUCCUCGACCUUCCUCCGAUGACCCAUGGUGACUCACAGAAUGACCUGGCCCUGGAAUACAUUUCGCGCGUGCUCACAGAGGAGGACAUCGUCGAUAAGUUCUUCUACCAGUACCCUGACCACCCGAAGCUCCUGCAGGCCGAGCAGUCCUUCGCCGAGAUCCUCGCCAACACCUCACCCACCGCUGACCAGGAGUCCUUUGCCGACUCCACCUCCAUAUUGAUGCCCAGCCAAGGAAACAACACAGACGUCAUGGUUUCCGGGUGCCAGGUACAGGAUCCUGCCUUAUUGAACUGCACAGGCACAGUGGAGCCCAAUAGUAUGGUGUUUCCCAGCGAGAGCAGCACCAACAUGAACAUGCUAUCGAGUAUGAGUAUGGCAUUCUUCAAUGGCAUGGAGGACGCCAACAGGUUCUUGCCCGCAGAUGAUGUGAUGAUGGAUGGUAGGGGGCGUAAGAAGAGAUCUGACAUGGAUGGUGAGAUGGAGGCGGGCUUGGGCAGGAGCAGCAAGCAAAUAGUUGUGGUGCUGCAUAGUGCCUUGGAGGAGGAGGAGGAGGAAGAGGAGGAAGCCACCGCGCUGGAGAUGUUGGACCGGCUCAUCCUCAACGGCUACGAAGCGUCCCCGAGCGAGAUGCAGGAGGUAGUACGUGUCACCUGGGAGGACAAGGAGGACAAGGCAGCACGGCAGAGCAUCUCCAGGCGUGGGAGGUGCGCGGCGAGGCAUACGGUGGUGACUGACCUAGAGACUCUGCUGACCCGCUGUGCAGAAGCAGUGGCCAGCAGCGACGUGUGCGGCGCGAGCAAGCUGCUGGAGCGGAUCAAGUGUCACUCAUCGCCGAGAGGGGACGCUAGGCAGCGGCUGGCGCACUACUUUGCCCAGGGGCUGGAGGCACGGCUGGCUGGCACGGGGAGCCGACUGUACCGAUCGCUCAUGGGGAAGCGCACCUCAGCCGUGGAGCUCAUCAGGGCCUACCAUCUGCACACGGCCGCGAGCUGUUCGAUCAAGGUGGGGUUGCUCUUUUCCACCAACACCAUCUACAAGGCCGUUGCAUGGAGGAGGAAACUGCACAUUGUGCACUACGGCAUCAGCACCGGGUUUCAGUGGCCGGACUUGCUCGGGUUACUGGCGAAUAGGGAGGGUGGGCCACCAGAAGUGAGGAUCACCGGCAUCAACAGCCCUCAGCCCGGGCCCUGUCCGGCUGCACUAAUGGAGGAGGCAGGGCACCGGCUCAACAAUUACGCAAGCCAGUUCGGCGUGCCAUUCAAGUUCCGCGCCAUCGCAUCCAAGCUGGAGGAUGUCCGGGCUGAGGACCUGCACAUCGAUCCAGAUGAGGUCCUGGUCGUGAGCAGCCUAUACGAGUUCAGGACCUUGAUGGACGAGAGCCUCACCUCUGACAUGCUAAGCCCAAGGGACAUGGUACUCAACACUAUCAGUAAGAUGAGGCCGUCUGUGUUCGUCAGUUCCGUCGUCAAUGGACCAUACAGCGCGGCGUUCUUUAUGACGCGGUUCCGCCAUGCGCUCUACUACUUCUCGGCGUUGUUCGAUAUGAUGGAGACCACCGUUCCAUGGGUCGCCAAGAGACUUCUGGUGGAGCGGGACAUAUUUGCACGGUCUGCCAUAAAUAGGAUCGCAUGUGAAGGCACAGACCGGGUGGAGCGCCCUCAGAACUACAAGGAGUGGCAGACGCGGAACCAGCGAGCGGGGCUAAGGCAGCUGCCAUUGGACCCUGAUAUUGUUCUGAUUCUCAAGGACGAAGUGAAGAAUCGGUACCACAAGCAUUUCAUGAUCUGCGAGGAUCAUCGGUGGCUUCUGCAAGGAUGGAAAGGCCGGGUGCUCUAUGCCCACUCCACAUGGGCAGCUGCUGAUGCUACUGGUUCUCUAGUGUGAUGGACUGAAAGUACCGAUAGACACGACCUCCAUCCAGGGCCGGUCCUGAGAUUUCGGAGGCCCGGGGCGAAAGUAAAAUUUGAGGCCCCUUGUUAUAAACCUCUACAGAAAAUAGAAGACCGGUUAAGGAAUCACUAGGAAACCAAAACAAUCAGUACAAAGAUCAAGUGAAAAAAGACUCAUAAAUUACAAGAACUUUGUAAGCCUUUGACACAAGAAAAAAGUCAUGUUUUAACUUGCAAAGGAACUGAGCUGGUGAAGUGUCGCCUCUGCGUGCUGCCAUCUGUUGGAUUGGAAAACUUAUAGGCUAAUCCAUAAGGGGGUGAGAUGGAGAAACUGAAAGCGGUUCAAAAUAAAAUCAUCUACAACGGCAAUAGCCAUUAAUUUGCUAGGCAGAGGGAGAAGAAACGACGGCGGCUAGUGUUACGAGAUGGAUCCAUCGAUUUGAAACUGGGUUAGUGCCUUUCACAAUGAAGUAACCUAAUAGUUUUUUUUCAGAAACAAGUAACCUAGUAAUAAUAAUAAGCUAGUUGUUGGGCUACGGAUUAUGCACAGGGUCGGGCCCCCCAGCAGGUUGGGCCCUAGGGCAUCGCACUUCUUGCCCCUACCCAGGGCCGGCCCUGCCUCCAUCAGUGUUUGAUGGUCUGUUGUAGUACCAGAAGUGUGUUUGCUCCUCUUUUGUAUCUGUAACUUAGUAACAGAAACCAUUAUCAGAUUGUCUGAGUGGCCCCUGUUUGUUCAAAGCUGCUGUGAGCACACUUAUAUCUGUUUAAUAAACAUGUACAGUUGCCAUGAUACUAUGUGGAAUCCCUGCAGGACAACAUCCUAAUAGUGCCUAUGCAUUAUAUCUGUCUACACAAAAUAACAUCCUAAUAGCCAGUCAUAUGCGAACAGUGAGCAUGGAUGAGAUGCUCAGGUUCUUUGUGGUGAAACCAGCCCACCAGAGAUAAAGUCUUAGACUUGCCACCGGUGCUCGCUUUUCCUGGAUUUAUUUCAGGCUUUGUUCGUUCAGUUUUCAUAGUGCCUUUUGUGUCAGGUUGCAGAUUCAGUUUAUGCAGACUUAUCUCAUAGUGCUUUUUGUGUUUAUUGAAUUCUGGGGGGUAAUGUGUCUGGCAUUUUUGUCAGUUUUCUAUGCUGAUUAAGGGGAUUAUGAGACCUACUCAGGGUUUUUUUCUCAUGAGAUGUAAUCAGUUCUAUGCAGAUUCAGUUAAGUGUGUUUUUCCUGGGAGGGCAUUUAGUGUAUGUAUUGUUAUCUUCUUUCUCAGCAGCAGUUAGGGAGAAUUCCUCCAAAUAUGUUACGUCAUAAUACAUCCCUCCGUUCCUAAAUGUAAGUCUUUUUGAAGAUUCCACUACAAACUACAUACAGAUGUAUAUGGACAUAUUUUAGAGUGUAGAUGCACUCAUUUUGCUCCGUAUGUAGUCCAUAGUGGAAUCUCUACAAAGACUUAUAUUUAGGAACGGAGGGAGUAGAUAAUAGUAUAACAAGCAGUAAUGCAGGGGGCGAUGCAGGAGAAUAGUGGCUUCACGAUCCUCAGGUCAUUCAGUAUGUGUUUGUUACCUUUUUUUCUCAGCAAUAGCAAGGAGGGAGCUCGCACAUUACAUGUGUUUAGAUCUUAGUGAAUGAUUCUAAUGGCAGCCAGUUCCUUUGUAUUUCCUUAUUUAGAGAACGGGUUUGCUGCAGGACACGAUGUCUGCACUUUCUUGUUUAAUAUGUUCCUGCAGUGUCCUCUGAAUGUUUUUUAUGCAAACUUUUGUUUCAAGGGGUGUUUAUAUUUGAUUAGUACUUAAUCAUUUUGAGGCAACGUCUCACUAGCAUAGUAAUGUUUAUAUGGUUCUGUUGGCCUUAUUCUUUGGCUGUUCAUUACCUAUGCUGCUAGUAAAUCUCCCAUUUUACAUUCCAUCUAUCCGCUACAUAACAUGUGCUUUUUUGUUUCUGCAGAAAGGUCUAGGGACUCUACGGCUCAGAGCCUCAGAGGUCAUCGAGCGGUGGCUACCAACCCAACUACGACCCUUCUUCCUUUGCGCUUCCUUUUUAUUUCCCUCCAGGACUCCAGGUUGGACAUACUCAUUCUUGGCAUCCUGCAAAUUUGCAACCAUUUAACAUUUUUUGUUCAUACUCAGCCAAAAGUAUAUAUUGUGAACAUGCUGAUCAAGGGCAUCCUGAAAGAUUUGAGCAUUACUACAUUAGUAAUUUUGAUUGGCGUAACUCUGUAAUCUUUAUUUCAGUCAAAUUCAGUUUUGUCCUCUUCUUAGUCUCAAGUUCAUUUAGUUUUACUUCUUUACUUUCUUAUUUAUGUCUUCAGUACUUGUCAUUUUUAGUUUGGAUUCCUCAGUUUAUAGUAUUUUUUUUCUUCAGUCAAUUUUGUUUACAAGUUUUCAGUCCCUUCUUUUCGGGCAUUUCUUGUUAUGAUAUUCUUAACAUUUAAUUCAUCUUAGUUUCUUAACAUUUGUUUUUCUUAACGUUUAAUUCGGUUAUCUGCGUCUUGACAUUUUUUUGCAGACCUUUAGUCAUUUGUUUAUAUUCAAUUAUGUACAGUUACUUUUUGUAUUAUUCAGUUUGAAUUUUGUUCAGUGUUUGUUUGCAUUAUCUCUUAGGUUUAUUUCUUGAGUCAUUAUUCAGCGUUCUUUCUUCAUUACUCAUUCGCACAUUUUUUGUUCUUUCCACUGCUUGAAGUGAUUGCGACAACUAAGAAGGCUCAGGAACAGCCCUGAAAAAACACAGUAAGAGAGUCCAAUCUCUGAAAUAUACCAUUUGAUCUCCUAAGUAGUAGUAGUAGUAGUAGAAGGCUUGGCAGUGGUCCAAAUCUUGCACAUUUACGGGGAAAGGUACACGAUGAAUUUUCGGAGUCUAUAGGGGAAGAUUCCACCAGCCCCGUAUUUCUUCAGUUCAAUUCAGUGUUCUUCUUUUAGUCAUAUUCAGUGUUAUUUUGUACAGUCAUAUUCAUUGUAUUGUACUUACAUCCACUCAGUUUUCCCCUUCUAAAUGAAAAGGCAACCCACCUCAUUUUCCCUGUUGCUAUCUUCUCUGCAUCUAUUUUUCCUUUAGCAACAUUUCUAUGUAUGUAGCCCUUUUCAUCGAGCAAUUCUAACUUGAGGCCCACAUGCAGUGACAAUACAUGAUACUGGAUCAGUGGGUGUUAUCUUUAAUAUUGUCGUUUCUUCAGUCAAUAUUCAGUUUAUCAGUUUUCAAGGACUAUACAUAUAUCAUUUCAGUACUUUAGUCUUCAUUAUCCAAAUCACAUACAUAGCUGGGAAAUGAAUUGAAUGGGGUCUCAGUGGCGUCGAAUCCCACCAUGGUCAGAUACAUGCUGUGUAAUCAGAGAUACAACUUGCAAAAUCAUGUUUUUGCGGGGCCAACACCAACAAGCCCGCUGGCCAAGAAGGAGCUGCAUGUUGUCGGCGGGGCUCAAGGCAGAUCUUUGGGCUUGAAGGUUUCCUAGACAUUCACAAGUUGGCUAUCAGUCUAUCAGCUAUGUACAUUUCUGGAUCAUUUUUGGCAUUCAGUUUUGUUUAAUUAUGGGCAAAUAGUUAUAAUUUAAUUCAGUUUUCUGUUCCAUUAGUUUACAAUUCUGGGCAGCAGUGGUUAUUUUGUUCAGUUCAAGUUCAGUUAUAGACGAUAGAGCAGUUGUCAUUUCAGUUUUGUUCAAGUUCAGUUUUUGGUCCCCUUUAGCCCAGUUCAGUUAGAGAGCAACAUCCGGCAUUCAGUUUUUGCAGGUGCACAAAGCUUACUGGAGCACUCAUUUUUUUCAGUCUUAAAUUUUUUCAAGCAAGCACUGAAACAUUUUUUGCCACAAACUUUUUUCUUUCCAUGCUAAAUUCGGUUAGCAUCAGUGACUUGGAGGUUGGACUAUUGUUCUUUGUUUUUUGUUUUGUUGACGGGAUCCACUAUUACACGCGUGGGCGUAGUAAGUGUCAAACGAACCACUCACCUCCCUUGACUCUUUACUUUCUUCUAUUUAUUUUCCAGUGUAUAUUCAGCCUAUCAGUUAUUGAAUUACUUUCAUUCAUGUAUGUAGUUCCCUUAUCAGCGCUGUCAAUUAUUUUCAGUCAUUUUCAUUGUUUUAUGUUUUCAGACAAUAUUCAGUCAUAAGUAUUCUCCCAAGUGUCACCAUGUAUGAGUCUGUCUCUCAUUCUUAUUAUCAUUAGGCUCUGUCUCUCAGUCCAUCUUCAGGUUUCAGUUAUUUAUACAGGGAAUGACAGCAUUUGCAUCCUACUGAAAAUCAAAGCAUCUUGCAUGCAUAGGUUCAGUUUUUUCAGAUAAAACAUCAACAAUGCAGCUGCCUCUUAACACACAACUAGUAGAGGAAAAAAGAAGUGACCAUCUCAGUUGCAUUUCUUUCACAUACUCAGAUAUUUUUUCUUCUCCGUUUUGAUUUGUUCAGGAAGCUGAUAUUUCAGUUUUUUUUUUGCAUGUUUCCCUUGGUGGGCAUACAACGUCUAGCAUGCAUAGGUGCAGGCAUACAAACACAUUCAACAAUUUUUUCCAGAGAUAUGUUGCAGCAAUCAUCAACAAUUUCAUGGCUCGUGAUCAGGAUCAUCUUCUGCCUUGGCGGGGAGUGGUACCUGGUCCUGGUCCAGCGCCCAGAGUUGGUGCUCAGUCUCGUAAGCACCACCAUCUCCAGCUGCUUGAUCUGGAUCAUCUUCCAUAUUUUACUCUCUCGUUUCUAUCACCCUUCUAUCUCUGCGAUUUUCCCUCCAGGCAAUUUGGUGCUUCUGCGCAAUUACGCCUCUUGCGUGGUGCGGGGCGCAUCUGCCCUGCAGCGCCCCUUCCCGGAGGAGAAGAAGAUCACCAUCGCAAGGUAGACUUCAAAUUUUUGUGCGGGAAAAUAAUAUUGGCCAUGGCUCAUUUAUAACUUAGUGAAAGCAAGGUCAAAUAACUUAGUUGCGAACUCUGACGAUUUUGUUAGUGAAAGCAAGGUCGAAUAACUUAGUUGCCAACUUGAUGACUUUGUUGCAAACCUCCGCGAUGACUCCAGAUUCUCAGAUUUGAAAGGUGCCGGUCAACCUUGCCAAAAGUGAGUCGAAGAAAAGGAGCAUACAACCUUUUGCUCUGGUGUUUCUUUUGCUGAAGCUUAAUAUCGGUUCUACUUACGGUCGCCACCGCAAAGGUUGAGAGAGCAUUUCCUACAAUGAAAUAUAUCAAGUCUGAUUUGCGGGACAGAAUUGGCGAUGACUUUUUAUCCCUCGAUUACGUAUUUGCGGAGUACCUAUCAAGAUUCUCAUGAUCGUGUCACCCGCAAAAGAAAAGGAUUUUCAUGAUCGUGGGAGGUGUUACCGAAGCGUUUCUUUACCAUGGUGAUUACCGUGACGUACUAGUGUACUGGUUAUUGUAAUGACAAAU